AAUUCAAUGCCCGUCUGUCCGCCAUUUUCGUAGCACGCGGCUUGGCGCGAUUUCCUACCCAUGGUGCAUUGCGUAAACGAGCCAUGGCCGCCAUGUUCACAAACGCGAGGCAGGAGGGGUAGUGUCGAGUUCUUGCCCGGAUUCUGCAAAAACUGACGAGAAUUAUCGGAUUUGCGGCAAGAUGCAGGACAUCUACAGUUAUGCAUCAUCUCUAUAAAGAUUGGCCUAGCACUGGCAAAUAAGCUAAGUCUGAGCUUCGUAUGAGUGCAGGACAAGUGGAAAGCAAAAGAACUGCAAUUUUUCUAGAGGAAGACAAAAAUAGCAGAAUACAAACAGUUCUCCACAAUAGCAUUCUGUCACCAAAAAGUCAAAGGCAAACCAGAACCCUAAGGGUGUCUUGCAUGAGAGUUUCUUAUGAUAGAUAGCAGUGCAGGAUAACAAAAAUUCCUGAUAAAUUUCAAAGAGUUCAUCAGUGACAAGAGUGAAAAUGCCACCAUCAAGAAAGAAAGGAAAAGAAUUAUCAAGCAGGCCUUCUCACAGAAAAGUUAAUACUCCACUAGAACUUAAGCCUAUAGCAAUCAUAAAGCUGACAAAGUUGGAUCCAGAAACAAUACAGUGGUGGACACAGGGGAAAGGAAAGAAGAAUGGUAGUAAUACACCAGUUCCAGAAAGUCCAAGUAGAAAUCUCAGAUCACAACAACAAAGGUAUAGUAAAGUCGAUGAGCCAGGAACCUCUAGCAGCCCCAUGUUGCAAAGUGCAAAGCAGGCAUCGAAUCAAGGCACAAACUCUACUGAUACAAUUAUAAAAGUGUGCAAGGUGCAGGGCAACAAGAUUGUGGAGAUUGAGAGGAAGAUACGAGCCACACCAAGUAAAUCCAAGCCUGCAGAAGACCAAAGAGCCAGACAUACAACACCAGCUGAGAAAACAAGCUCUCCAGUAAUGAAGCCACAAAGCAACAGAACAGCUAGAAAAAGCAUAAGAAAGAGUACUUUUCCUCAACGAGCUUCAACCUCGGGAGCAGUAACGAUUUCUGCUGGAACACCUCCUCCAUCAGCAAAGAAAGCUUCGCCAGUCAAAGUUCGGUCAGUCAACAUCUCGCCCAAACGCUUGAGUAGCACAAGGUUACUUUUUCCAGGUUCGAAAACAGCAAUGAUUACUCCUCCUUCUCCAGAUAGGAAGAAAAUUAGGAAAAACACUGCUGAAGAAAGCCAGGCAUCAAAUGCUCCAAAGUCACCUGGAAAAGCUGAAAGGCGAAGCAUCUUGUGGGACAUUCUGCCUGAAGGCAGAUCUUUACGAUCUACAAGGAUUCCAACUGAGAAAAUGGCAGCAUUCAAGUCAAACAUUGAGAAGAACAAGGUUAAAGUAGCAGCCGCUAAAGAUGGUGACAAACAGCCAGCUUUACAACCAAGGUUUCACACCCGAAGAACAACUGCUGUCACUGGUCGACCACCAACACCACCACAUGUACAGCAAGUUAGCUCAACCACUGAUGCAUCUUCGACCAGAAGGUCCUCAUCAUCGAAGCAAUGCGAGGAACUGUCAACACUUGAAACUUCUAAACACAAGUUGGAAGAUAACUGUGAGCUUGGUCAAAAAAGUGACAGUGUCGAAGUUGGUUCGCCAAAGCAAUCACCAGUGGCUGAAGAGAAGCAUGACAAUAUCUUCAGUAUGCUUGAGCAGUGGGAGAGGAAGGGAACAGUGGUGCAGUCAUCUGGUGAAGGUCUUAAUGUAUCUCCAUCAGGAGGUGAUGUUAAGGGUACAAAUAGUUCAAAUCCAACCGAGGAGGUGAAAUCUUCUCCAGCAGGAAGUUCCCCAAACAUCUCACCUACAACAAAGUUCAAGAUCUCUGUGUUCAAACUCAAGUGUCCAACAACUGUUAGUCAGCAGGCAGGUCACACAUUGUCCAUGUAUGGAAGACCUAGGGCAACAGUUGUAUCAACAACCAUUCCUAGCAACUUUGUCUCCAGAAGUCUCACAUUUGAGCCAAAGAUUAGUGAUACUUCACAGGAUACCGCUGAGACUUCCAAUGAAGGCAAAUCAGCAGCAUUAAUUGAUCAUGAUAAUGCAAAGUCUUCAGAUCAAAACAAAUCCAGAAGGCAAGGAACUGAUGGAGACUUACUAUGUGAGGAACACAUGUGUGAUUCAGAUGAGUUUGAUUCUCCUAAAAGGAAAGUUUAUUCCCAAAUGCUUUCAGAGCAGGGGGCAUCCUCAGAUUCAGAAGAGCUUGUCCCAGAUGUAGAUGACAUCAGUGGAGUGAUGUUUGUUUCAUUUAGCUCUAAACAAGCAAUUAGUGCUCACUCCUCUGUUGAGAGAGAAACACGUGAGAAAUUUGGGAAUGAGCUGGACAAGGUGUUGACAGAACUUGGGCAAAACAAGUCAGGAAGAGGGCAGAGAAUGGCAAAAGAUAGUCCAGAUUCUACGGAAGCAGCAGAGCUGUAUGACAAAAUUGCUACUUAUGAAAGAUUGCUAAGAGCUGAGGUAAAGAGAAGUAAGUCUCGAGAGAUAGUUCACCCAGA